CCUGGCUAAAAAUUAAGCGUCAUGAAGCAUCAUGGCGGUUGAGAAGUUAAGGUGCGUGACUUCCCUCGAAAAAUUUCAACAAAUUGGGUCUUUAUUUUUCCUCCAUGAUCAAGGAGACACAGCAGAGAGUUCUAGAAGUCUUCUAAAAGGUAUUUUUAACAAAGAGUUUGAGUUUGACCAUAUUCGAGUAAUUUAUCCGCAAGCCCCAGACAUUAUUUACCAAGUCGCUCAUGGCGGACUUAAACCAGGGCUUUGGUAUGAGCGGAACACUUCAAGUCCCACUGCUAUGGAGAGGAUGGACUCCAUUGAUCAUUCCUGCAGUUUGAUUUGCCACUUAAUUGAUCAAGAGAAAGCUCGUGGAAUUCCAAUCGAUAGGAUCGUCAUCGGUGGAUUUGGUAUGGGAGGGAAUCUUGCCAUGCAUGUUGGGUUCAGGUAUCUAACGGACAUUGUCGGUGUUUUUGCUCAUUCUUCCAUCUUCUCGACGCGGUCGACUGUGUUUGAGACAAUACGAAAAGACAGAGAGCUCAACAAGGACAAGAAGUUCCCCGCAUUGUUUAUGUGGAAUGGAAGGAAAGACAAAAACUGGUUGAGAUGGGCUGCACACCCUGCGGAGAGUUAUAUGGACUUGAAAAUAAAAACAGAUUUCCAUGUGAAUUUCGCAAUGCAAGGACAUGAAAUUAUAUCAGACGAAAUGUUUUACUUAAGGAAAUGGGUCGAACGAAUAAUUCCUAGUCCUGACAAAAAUACCAAAGAUCAAUAAAGUAUAAAAAUGGGUGCAGUUAUUUUUCAUUUGGGUAACUGAUCAGUUUCACAAGUUGAUUUGAUUUGAUAUUCAUGAUAAACAGGGAAGAGACCCAGAAUACAACGAGGAUAGAGGCCCUUCUUUUGUUUCUUCUUUUGUUUCUUUAUUUUUUUAACAUCUUUCUAACAGAUUGGAGUGCUUUCAAAGAGUGUCAACAGCAACCGGUUUUUUCUUCCAGUCGCAGCACUUAAAUAUCUUUUCAGCUUUUGAGCUAUUUCUACCUCGUUCAUUCGCCUUGGACUGCUAAAAAUGAACAGUCUCAUGAAUAAAUUAUUGUGUUCUUUUGAAUCUUUUCCGCAAGUACUACAGUCAGUAUUCGAUAAAUUGGUCAUUGACCUUUAGGCCCCCCUAAAAUUGAGACGUUUAUUCAAAAUACGAGUAAAUCCACCUAAGUUAUCGAUUGAAACCUCUGUCAAAGUAACUUCAAGCAAUCGAAGAACGCGUGACCACCUGUUUCGGCCAUCAAAAACUUCGCGUGACCAAAUGAGCCCACAGUUGAGACACCAGAGAAUGACGUCAUGGGAACGUCCCUAUUACUUCUAAAUGUAAAGCCAACUACGCAUGUACCUUCUUUCUCAGAUUUGUCGCCGUGAAACGCUGACUUGUUUCUUCUUUUCGUGAUAAAGGCAAGCAGGUUUGUGUUUCUUUCCUUUUUUCAGGUUGUACUUUCUAACAAAGUGAAUUGAAAUACAGUUUAUUACUACGUACACAGGUACCGUUCUUUGAAAUUUCAACCAUUCUUUCGAGCGCGCGUU